CUUUAGUGCCCUGUUGAGAUUUUACCAGUGAAAAGCCUUCUAUACUUCGCCGCGUUGCUGGCGCCUGGCAUCUCCCAUCUCCUCUCGUAGCCCGUCUACCGACUUAUUUUCGUUGGCCGUAGAGAGUUAUGAGCACCAGAGACACCGCUCCGGUCUGAAACAUCAGCUAGUCGGGGCUGUUUGUCGACACAAAAAUGGCCCUUCCAUCCUGUUCCUUGAUGGGUAGUUACACCCUACCUCCUCACCGGCGCGGCAUAGGGCCCCCACGCGUCACCUCCACAACCUCCACUCCAGAUGUUCGGAAACUGACGCAGCUGGCCUGUGUCGCAGCUUCGGCCUCAGCAUCAGCAGGCAAAGGCAGCAACAUGGACAGGAACACGCCUCCGCCACAUGUUGGCCUCUCACCCGCCCAACAGCGGCAGCAGGCGGCGAAGACGAAGGGGGCGGAGCGCAAUAGACUGCACGAAGAGGAGAAGCGCAUGCAGCCACAGCUGCUACGGCAGCAGGAGCAGGAGCAAGAGGAGGAGCAGGAGCAGGAGCAGGAGGAGGAGCAGGAGGAGGAGCAGGAGGAGGAGCAGGAGCAGGAGCAGGAGGAGGAGCAGGAGGAGGAGCAGGAGCAGGAGCAAGAGGAGGAAAAGGGGGUUGACCCGGGGCAGCAGGCUGCCCGCACCCACCGCCCCCGCCGCCCCCGCGGCUACUGGAGCGGGCCGGGCAGCUGGGGGCGGCUGGGCGAGGAGGUGGCGGGCUUCGUGGCGGGUGCCUGGCUGCAGCUGCCGGCACCCGACAUGCCGGACAGGAGCUACUGGUACAACCAGGUGAGCGGCCGCACCAGCUGGCGCUGUCCCCCGGCAUUCCAGCAGCAGCUGCAGCCGCAGGGGGAACAACAGCAGGGGCAGCGGCUGCAGGGGCAGCGGCUGCAGGGGCAGCAGCAACACUUACUUCCGUACAGCUCGCCCCCUGUAGCCAGGCGGAGGGGUGGUGGUGGUGGCGGCGGCGACAUCGGUGGUGGUGGUGAGGGGUUUCGGUGGACGGCUGUGGAGGCGCCCGCGGACCGGGUGAUGCCGUCCCAAUCAGACGUGUUACAAGCCCGCCGCUACGACCUGCACGCCGCCAUCCGCUGCCACGGCGGCUACCUAAACGUAGCCCGGGCGCUGGGCCGGCGUGUCACGUGGGCCCUCUCCACUCGACUGUACGACAGCCCCUCGGCGCUCCGAAACCAGCUGGCGGUGGCGGCGCGGGAGCUGCAGCUGCCCCCGGCUGUGAUGCCGACCCAACAAGAGCUGCAGCAGUCCGGCCACGGAGCCCUCAUAGCCGCCGUACGACGCAACGGCGGUUUUAGAGCGGUUGCACGGCAGUUGGGGCUGACCCCGCGGUCCCGGCGGCGGCAGGAGCGGCCCAGUCAGCGCCGACCCAGGGGUCACUGGGACGACCCGGGCAGGCUGGCGCAGGAGCUCGCGGAGUUUGCGGAGGCGGCAAGGCGGGCGGAUGAUGCAGCUCCCCCCGCAGCAGCACCCCCGGUGGUACAGCCCGGGAAGACUCCACAAGAAGGCAUGGAAGAAGCAGCAGGCAUGCCCCCGACCCACACACCACCACUACCACCGGCCUGCUUGCCCCCGCAACCGCACCCACAACCCCAACCGCAACCGGCCCCAGAGCAGCUACCGCCACCCCGGCUGCCUACGCGCCAGCAGCUGGAGGCGGCGGGGCGGUUUGACCUGCUGUACGGCAUGACACGUCACCGGGCGGUACGGCAGCAGGUGGCGGCGGCGGGCGGGAUGGCGGCGGGCAGCCGGCGGGGCACCAACCGUAAUGCGUUGCGGCUGGAGGAUGUGGUGCAGGCGGUGGAGGCCGGCUGCCACACGCCCAAGAGCAUCCGGGCCCACCUGCAGGCGCACUGCGGGGUGCUCGUGUCCCGACAGCACCUGACGCAGUACUUGGUACGGCAGGCGCAGACGGAGGACGGCGCGUUGUUUAAGAUGUCGUACGGGCGCUACGGUGUACGGCAGAGCUCGGGAGGAGAGGGGCAAAGUAAGGGGGAGCCCCGCCGUUCUAGGAGUUGAGGCUGGCUCGGAGCCUCCUAUUCAGGAGGGCUGAAGUGGAAGAUGGGGGAGAGGAGGAGGAGCAGCACCCUGCGAGUGCUUUCUGGAGCUUGGUUGCAUUGAACGGGCUCCCUCAGAAGGGUAAGUAGGGAAACAGGAGUAUGGGACGGACGGGGACGGGAAGGGAUUUGUGAAAGGGCUUUGAGUGGUGGUAUCGGUAUCUCAUGGACUGUUUUGCCCCACAGCGCAGGUUGGCUGGCUGCUCAGUCCAGGCUGUGCACUUCCCAACCGGCUGCACUGCUUUGGUCGGCGCAGGGGCUUCGCAUACGGCUGUGUAGUUGAGCAGAAACACGCUGUCUGCUGCAUGCUGUCUGUUGAGUGGCUGGAGGACUAGGCCAGAAACGAUUUAUUUGACAUUUGAUAUUUAUAUACCGGUAUGACAAGUACCAUGUCAACGUGCGUAACGACAUGCCCUGCGGCUUUACCAUGGGGCUGGCUUCCAUGUGAUAAAGCAGAUAAACAUGUCAUUAUGGGUGUUGCCGCAUGGCAUAUACGUACGACUGGGCGACGGUUGAAUCUUACAAGUUUUGUGAUGCGGGCCAACAAACAAAGUCCACAAGCCUGCUGACCCACGGGUCGAAAGAGACGUACACUGUUCGUUAAGACGUUAAUGUGGCGUGUUUCACGUUCAAUAGAAACGUCAAGUGUUAAAGUAUAUAAUGUACGUGUUAACGUGAAGUGCUACUGUAAAAAACAUAAGUGUUAACUUGAAGUGCUAAUGUACAAAAGGUCCGUGUCCUGCAACAGUAAGCGGUAAGCGCUGGUUUAUUACUGGUGCCUUCCAAAGACCCGACUUGCAAAGACCCGACAACGUGACGUGCCAGUGAUGGCGCAUGCAUGGCUAAGAAAUUGCCAUCCGCAUUGCGGUACACAAG